AUGACGCUCAAGCAAUACAAUCCCUUCUACGAUGGCCCAGAAUACAAGGAACGUUUGAGGAAGGACUACCGUAUCCCCACCAUCACCUUGAAGCAAAUACAUGAGGCGAUUCCAAAGGAUGCGUACGAAAAGAGCACCCUCAAGGGCCUCUCAUACGUCGCUCGGGACAUCUUCUUCUCCCUCCUCUUUUAUAAACUUGCUACCUAUAUCGAUCCAUUCGCUGAUUCACUCGAGCAAGGUCACUGGGUGAGAUUUGGGGUCAAAUGGAGUUUGUGGUCACUUUACUGGUAUUCUGCUGGAAUUGCCUGGGCUGGGAUGUGGACACUGGGCCAUGAGGCUGGUCACGGUGUUCUCGCGAAUCAAUCGUGGCUUAAUCAUGCCGUCGGCUUCACCUUACAUUCAUUCCUCUUCGUCCCCUACUUCUCUUGGCGGCACUCUCACCAUCUCCACCACAAGUCAACCGGUUCCAUUGAACGCGAUGAGAAUUUUAUCCCUUCCACCCGAUCGGAUCUUAAACUUCGUGACCCACGCAACGUUACGAAACAAGACUACAGAGAAAUGUUCGAAGAAACGCCCCUUUUUUCUCUUCUUCGCAUCUUCUUUAUGCAGGCUGUGGGGAUGCAAGCCUAUUUCACUUAUAAUGCCCUCGGGAACCCGAUGUAUCCUGCCUGGACGAAUCACUAUUCCCCUUACAGCGCACUCUUCAGAAAAGAACAACGUUGGCAAAUUUUCCUCUCUGAUCUCGGUCUUUUCGCGAUGGCGGGUGUCGUCUAUACUUGGAUUCAAUGGACUAGUCUCGCCACCAUCGUUAAGUUCUAUACGAUCCCUUACCUUUUGGCGAACCAUUGGAUCGUGAUGUUGACAUAUCUUCACCAUACCGACCCCACUAUGCCCCAUUUCCGCAAAGACGCAUGGACAUUCGUCCGAGGGGCAAUCACCACGGUCGACAGACCCCUUCUUGGGCCCCUCGGUCGUUUUUUCCUCCAUAACGUCUCUCACGAUCACGUUGCUCAUCAUUUGGUUUCUUCCAUCCCCCACUAUAACGGUCCUCGAGUAACUGAAGCACUGAAAAAGGUGCUCGGGGAGGACUAUAAUUACGAUUCGAGCAAUACGUUUAGGGCCCUUUGGAGGAGUUUCAAUGAGUGUAUCUUUAUUGAGGAUGAAGGGGAUGUGGUGUUCUACAACGAUAAAACAGGAAUGCCGAAGAGGACGUUAGAAGGGACGGAGUGGCCUGUUGCGCCCAGAGAUUGA